AUGGGAGUUAUAGAAGACACUGUGCCCGUAUUGGGGGGAUUUUCAGAAAUUAAAUUUGGGGAAUGCCUACAAUUUUUCCAAUCUCCCACUGAUGCUUUAAAUGCUUUACAAGCUGAAGCCUUAGUUGUUGUAUGGGCACUUCAAAAUGCUGUUGUUAUGGGAUGGAACCUUCUAAUUGUUGAGCUGGACUCCUCAUGGCUAGUCCAGCUUUUAAAGGAUAACAUCUCCCCAUCUUGGUUUCUUCUCCCUACUUUUAAGAAAAUUUCUCACAUGAAGAUGACUCAAAACUUGCAAAUUAAUUGGAAUCAUAUCUUCAGGGAGGGUAACAGAUGUGCUAAUUGGCUUGCAAAUCAAGGUGCACUGUCUAUGUUGCCUAAAGUGAAUACCACCCCCCCUUUGGAGCUGGAUUUGGUUAUUAAUGCAGAUCUAUCUGAUCUACCUUAUAACAGAUGGGGGGUGUCAAUUUCUUGA